GGGGCUUAUCAGUUGCGUGCGACUUGGAUACGGGGGCAGAGGCGCAGAGAUACUGGCGGAUCGGAUUGGAUCGACUGGGAGCCGUCUGGGGCUGGCAUUCUAUUCCGGCAGCGGUCCGCAGCAGUUGAUCGUUGGAGAGUCCAGGCCAGACCCAGGAUCCCGGUUUCGCCAACCAACUUCAAUUGGAGUCCCGCGCGCACUAAGCACAACCAUUCACCAUGGCUGCAGUCGAGGCGCGCACCGUGCUGUGGUACAUGACAUUCAUGGGCUUUAUUGUCAACUACAUGAUCCGGAUCAAUCUGAACAUCACCAUUGUGGACAUGGUGGCCAAGAAGGUGGUUCCCUCCCUUUUGGCAAACGCUACGCUGGAAGGAAACUCCUCUGCCCUUCCGGUGGAGGAAUUGCAUAAGGGAUUCUCGCUGGAGCGUUGGUUUUUGAACUGGGCGAAUAUUCCGUAUGAGAGGGAGGGCUUCCACUGGGAUGAAAAACAGCAGGCUGCCCUCCUGGGAUCCUUCUUUUGGGCCCACUGGACGCUGCAGAUUCCUGGCGGCAUUCUGGCCACCAAAUACGGCACCAAGUUGGUCUUUGGUUGGGCCAAUGGCAUCGGUGUCUUCUGCUGCUUCGUUAUUCCUUUGAUUUCCUAUUGGAGCUACACCGGCUUGAUAGCCAUUCGAGUGUUCCAGGGCUGGAUAACGGGCCUGGCCUGGCCAUCGAUGCACGUGCUCACUGCGAAAUGGAUACCCCCCAACGAGCGCAGCAAGUUCGUGAGCGCCUAUUUGGGCAGUUCCGUGGGUGUGGCCCUGUUUUAUCCCAUUUUUGGCUUCAUAAUCGACUGGACUAGCUGGGAAUGGGUGUACUACAUCUGUGGCAUUGUGGGUACCCUUUGGUUUAUCGCCUGGCAGUUCCUCGUCUUUGACAGUCCCGCCCAACAUCCGCGCAUUGCCGACUCAGAGAGAAGGUACAUAGAGAAAUCCCUGGGCGCCUCCGUUCAGACUACAAAGCCAGGACCCACACCCUGGCGAGCUAUAGCCACAUCUCGUCCCGUCUGGCUGAAUGUGGUGGCUCAGUGGGGCGGCAUCUGGGGCCUGUUCACCCUGAUGACCCAUGCGCCGACCUACUUCCGCCUGAUCCAUCACUGGAAUAUGAGAGCCACGGGCUUCUUGUCCGGCUUGCCGCAUCUCAUGAGGAUGCUGUUUGCCUAUGUCUUCUCCAUGUUUGCCGAUUAUCUGCUAAGAACUGAUCGUCUGAGUCGUACCAAUGUGCGCAAGCUGGCCACUUUUGUUUGUUGCGGCGUCAAGGGUAUUAUAGUCCUGGCAUUGGCUUACUUUGGUUACAAUGCCACAGCUGCCAUUCUGUUGGUCACCUUGGCCACCAUGUUCCAUGGUGCUGUGUCCUCGGGGCCCUUGGCUUCCAUGGUGGAUUUGUCACCCAACUAUGCGGGCAUUGUCUUGGGAGUGAGUGGAAUGAUUGGAGGAAUGCCGGGCUUUAUUUCGCCCCUAAUAGUGGGUUAUCUAACCCAGGGAAAUCAAACGAUUGAAGCCUGGAAGCAGGUCUUCCUGCUAAGUUCUGCCAUGUUGACGGGCAGCGGCAUCCUCUACGUACUCUUCUCAGAAUCCACGCUGCAGCCUUGGAACAGUGGCUGCCAUCCGCUGCCCGAUCCUGGUCUCAAGGAACUGCAAACUCUGGCUCUGCAAAAGGAAGAUGAGGAGGAGAAGAAGCCUCUGAAGGCUGACCACGAUCAGGAAACGGAUCACAACGUGGUCGAAACAGAGACCAAAACAAAAUCUGAGGGCAAUGAUGAAAAGUAACAAGACUGGGGGCUGCGUCACUCUCCUUUAUUGGCAUAAUUCCGUGUUAGUUAUGGCACCUUCGGCGUACGUCCUCUGAUAACGCCUAUCGCGCCGUUCUCUGUAAAUAAUUACCCUACGGAUUGGGCGGGUUUAGCAUCUCCAACCUCUAGACUUAAGUGAGUUGUUUACGUUAACAUGGGAUUCAUUUCCCCGAGAUUGUAUGUGUGUGCUUUUAGUCAAAUAAAAGAAAACCUAAAAAUGA